AUGAACGAGGAAGAUGAGGAUGAGGAUAGCUUUUUUAACCCGAUUCCGAGGUAUUUUUUGAAAUUUGAAUUUUUUACAGAACUUUGAGAUUUCCUAGACGAAAUUUGGCACUUUUCAGCUCAAAAAUCAAUCAAAGUCCAAUUUUUUUAACCUAAAAUCAGUUCCUGGGUUAUUUUUCAUUGAAAAUCCUGAAUUUCACCUUAUUUUCAGAGAAAAAUCAGUUCUAAUUGAUUUUUCUGUCAAAAUACGGUGAAAUUCAAGAUUUUCGAGAAAAAAAUAACCCAGAAACUGAUUUUCGGGGGAAAAAUUGGACUUUGGUUGGUUUUUGAGCUGAAAAGUAUCGGAAAUCACGAGUUUUCUUGAAGAAAUAAGUCCAUGGCUAAAUUUUCCACUGAAAUGUAUAGUUUUUGAGAAAAAUAUUUGAAAUAAAUAUAUUUUUCACCUUGAAAACCGAUCUAGCUUCAAUUUUUCACCUCAAAUCAGUUUCUCGGUUAUUUUUCCUCGAAAAUCCUGAAUUUUACCACAUUUUCAUAAAGAAAUUAGUUCUAGGGUUAUUUUUUUAGUGAAAAAUAGCCCUAGAAUUGAUUUUUCUCGGCGAAAUUCAAGAUUUUCGAGGAAAAAUACCCGGGAACUGAUUUUGGGUGAAAAAUGUAAUUAGAAAUGCAAAAUUUUUGAAUAAAAAAAUUUUCACACGUUCUCAAAAAAAGAAUUUCAAAAUAAAUUUCAUUUCGAAAUUUUUUUCAAUCAAAUUUAGUUUCUUUUUGAAGCUCUCAGCUUCAUCUUUCACAUUUUUCAACAAAAAUUCAGAUUUUUCCAGCGCAGUUCCCAUAGAACCCACCCCAAAACCUCCUGCUCUCGUCAAAAAAGAAGAAGAAGAAGAUGCAGAAUCUGACGAUUCUUUUGAUAACUUCAAACCAGCUCCAAUUCCCACCAAAAAAACACCGCCAACUUUACAACGAACUGAUCAAACACCCACACAAAAACCAAAGAUUUCACUUCAAUCACAAAGAAUUUCGAAUAAAAAUGGAUCAUUUAGUAGGCAUGGAAGUGAUAAUUCGUUUUUUAAAGGGUUAGUUUGGGUUUUGGGAAGGAUUUUGGGGAAAAAGUACCUUUUUCAGCUAGAAAUGUUCAAUUUUUUCGAAUUUCGCGCGAAAUUUUGAGCUGGACACAUAAAUAUUUUGGCCCAGAAGGUCCUGGAUCGAUCCCCAUUAACGUUCCACCCAAGGUUUUAGAAAAAUGUCGCAAAAUCAAAAUUUUCGGGUUAAAAUGAGCAAUCCCACCAUUUUCAGCGAGAAAAAUUAUCUUUUUUUUUCGAAAAAAAGGUAGGAGGUAUGGGGGAUCGAUCCAGGACUUUCUGACCACUAAAUUUCGGUUCAAUCUGAAAUUUUGAGCAAUAUUUAGAGCCAAAAAUCAGAAUGUUAGCUUUUCUUGAGGAUUUUGGGCUUGAAAUUUUGAAAAAUUCAGAAUUUGAGCAUUUUUGGAAGCGAAAAUAAAAUUCGAAAUUUUGAGAAUUUGAAAAUUGCUGAAAUCUAGAUUUUCUUGAAGAUUUGGGGGAAUGUUCAGAUCAAAUUUUUUUUCCAGCCCCAUCAAAACAUCCACAACAUCGCCAUCAAUUCCAAUGUCACAAUUAUCAGUUCUUGAUCGACCAAUCACACCAAAUGGUGAACUAUUGAUGUUACGAAGUCAAUUAGAAAAAGAAAAACGAGAAAAGGAGCGAAUGAAUAUGGAAUGGCAAAGGAAAAUGAAAGAAAUGACUGAUAAAUGCGAUAAGGCGAUGGAGGAUAAAUGCAAACAGAUUAAUCAACUCAGAAAGGAGAAUGAGGUUUUGGUAAGGGAAUUUUUAGGCAAUUAGAAGUUUCAGAUUCCAGAUUUUUAAAUAUCAAGCUAUAACCAUACUAUUUCAAGCCAAAAAGAUCUAACCUAACAUGAGCAAUGCUAGAUUUCCAGCUUUGUUAGAAUUCUGAAAUUUUUUUGAAAUUGAGUUUACCCGGGGGUUUUCCGAUGAUUUUCGAACUAUGAAUUGAUAUUUGGCAGAUUUUCUUACCUAAGAAAAAAUCCAGAAUUGUUUAUGUUUCAAAAAAGUGAUAAUAAAUUUUUGCUCAUAAUUCAAAAUGAUAUUUUAGGAUUUUUCUCUGGUCAUUUGGAAAAUAUUCAGAAUUUUCGAAUUUUCCAGCCUAACAUGAGCAAUACCAUUUUCGAAAGUUUUUAUUGAAAUUAGAAGUUUCAGAUUCCUGAUUUUCCGGAGAAAUAUAUGUAAACUUGAAGCUGUUUUUUUUAAAACAAUUUCAACCCAAAAAUGUCUAACCUAACAUGAGCAAUACUAGAUUUUCAGUUUAGAAGUCUGAAAAAUUUUUUAAAUUGAGUUUACCCGGGUUUGUAACCAAAAAUUAUGAUUUUCUGACCUAAGAAAAAAAAACCAGAAUUUCUUAUGUUUCAAAAAAUGAUAAUAAUUUUUUUCUCAUAAUUCAAAAUGAUAUUUUAGGAUUUUUCUCUGGUCAUUUGAAAAAUAUUCAGAAUUUUCGAAUUUUCCAGCCUAACAUGAGCAAUACCAUUUUCGAAAUUUUUUUGAAAUGAGAAGUUUCAGAUUCCUGAUUUUCCGGAAAAAUAUAUGUAAACUUGAAGCUGUUUUUCUCUACAAUUUCAAGCCAAAAAUGUCUAACCUAACAUGAGCAAUACUAGAUUUUCAGCUUUGUUAGAAUUCUGAAUUUUUAAGCUACAAAUUGAUUUUACCCGGUUUUGUCACCAAAAAUUAUGAUUUUCUGACCAAAAAAAUCCAGAAUUUCUUAUGUUUCAAAAAAUGAUAAUAAAUUUUUGCUCAUAAUUCAAAAUGAUAUUUUAGGAUUUUUCCAUGGUCAUUUAAAAAUUAUUCAGAAAUUUCAAAUUUUCCAGCCUAACAUGAGCAAUAUUUCCACUUUCCAGACAAUUUCAAGUGCUUGCCGUGUUCGACAAAGCGAUGCCUCACCGCAAGCUGCGAAUUCGUCGCCAAUUUCAGUCCCGAAGAGGUUUCCGAAAUUUUCGAAAUCGAUUUUGAAAAGGCCUGAUGAACCACGUGGGUUUUUGGGGGGUUUUGAGAUUCCACAUUACCAAAUUUAGCUCGAAACUUACCCUAACUCUUUUGUUUUGCAGGCCAAGUUUUAACACCUCGGCGAACUGUUCAAAUCGCAGCAGCCCAACCAUUAUCCGCUUUUCGACACGAGAAUAUUGCACCCGAAGAAGACACGUUUCAAUUGGAGGAGAGUUUUCAACCGGCUGCCACGUCUACACCAAGAGCACCGCCUGUUACGAGAAGUGAGUUGGAAAAACAUUUUUUUUCACAUUUUUCUGAUCAUUUUGGUGUAUUUUUUGGGUACUUUUGAUGAAAUUUGAAGAUUUCGCUUCGAGACCCAUUAUGUUCCUUUAAAGAAUUUUUUGAAAUUAAAAAAUUUACCACGUUUUUCUGAUCAUUUUGGUGUAUUUUUUGCCCGAAUUAGAGCUUUUUGAAGGGGUUUCGAUUCGAGACCCAUCAUGUUCCUUUAAAGAAAUUUUCCAACACUGCCACGUCAUAACCACUAAACCCUGAUAUUUUUUCCAGAUCUUCGUCGAAAUCAUCAAAAUGACAGCAAUGAACCGCCGCCACCUAUAAAACGGAAAUUUGUUGCGACGCGGAAAUCGAGAAGCCGCGCGGAACUUGCGAAAAUCCGCGAGGAAUAUCGCGCACAACUCGCGGAAUCAUCUCCGGAAGUCGCGGAAACCCUUGAAGAAGAUGCGGAAUUUCUGCGAAAACAGUUGGAAUUGAUGCGAAUCGCGAAAGAGGAGCAUUUGACGAAAUCGCGGAUUCGCCAGUUUUGCGCGAAUUUCCAGAAACCACCACCGCCUGCGAAAUGUGAAAUAUGCCGGAUUUUGGAGCCGCGCGCGGAAAAGUGUGCGGAAAGCGGAAAGAAGAUGAAAGAGUGGGAGAUUCGAGAGACGAAAAGAAUCGAGGAAAAACAACGAGACUCCAAAAUUCCGCAGUUCCUCAAGUACAACACGAUUAUUCAAAAUGUGGCGCGAAAAGGGUUGGAUGAGUUGAGGAGGAGCAAAUUCGCUCCACUGCAAAAAGUGGAGGGAGAUUUUGAGAUUCGAAAAUUGGAAGAGAUUCGAGAGGAGAAGCGGGAUAGUUGGCGUGAGUUUUUGAAGUUUUUGAGGGCAGCUAAAAAUGAGUUCAAGCUCAUUUUGUAGCCCUAGGAACUCUCUACAAAAUGAACCUGAAUUGAAUUUUUGAAAAAUUAAAUUUAGGCUCAUUGUGUAGAAAAUUUCAAGAGCUACAAAAUGAGCCUAAAUUUAAACUUGGAAAAUCUGAAUUUUGGCUGAAAUUCUAGCUCAAAACUCAAUAAUUUUGAGCUCAUUUUGUAGCUUUUAAAAUUCUCUAGAAAAUGAGCCAAAAUUCAAUUUUUAGAGAAUUUCAAGAUCUUUGAAAUGAGCUCAAAAUUAUUGAUUGUUGAGCAGAAAAUUUCAACCAGAACUUAGAUUUCCAAAAAUUAAAUUCAAGCUUAUUUUGGAGCUCUUGACAAAAUGAGCCCAAUGUAAUUUUUUUCAAAAAUUCAAAAUUCAAGUUUCAGGCACGAAAAUGAAGUCGGAACUGGAUGAGAAGGGCGAAAUGUCGGCGAAUUUGAACGCGGAAGAAAAAGAGGACGAUGAAUAUAUUUGGACAAGUUCCGCUAGCGAAUCUGCCGAUGACGAAUCUUUGCGGAUCUGUGAACCAUGCGGAAGACAUGCCAAAACUCGGCGGAGACGCGGAAAAUGCCGCGAGCAGCGACUGAGAAUCGCUCGCGAAUGUUUCGAUGAGUACGGCAAAAAUCAACGGGAGGAAAUGAGGUUUGUGUUUUUUUUUGAGUUAGCUCAACUGAGUUAUGACGUGGCAAAUGUAAAUUUUAUGAAUAAGAUCUGAAAUUCGGAAACUGUUAAGAAAUCCCGAAUUUCUAGAAAAUUUCGAAACCACCACUUUUUAUUAUUUUUUUCUUUUUCAAACUUUUUUACGAUUAUGGACACACAUUUCUACAUAGUUAUCUACGUGUCUUUAAAGAGUUUCACAUUUUUAUUUUAAAAAUUCAAAGUUUCCUUCUGGAAUUCUUUUUUUAGAAAUCGAUCGAUAUUGACAAAAUCGAAAAUCGAGGCGGCCGACAAAGAAUUGAAUCGAGAAAUGAACGAAUUGUUCGGCGCCGGUGACAUCGAAAUGACCGAUGAUUUUUGA